CACUGGGGAAGAAGCGGAGGAAGCUAGGCUGGGCUUUAACGAUGAAACAUUUCGGUCACUGGGGAUAAACAAGUUUUCUCCCCCGUGCCAAAUAACUGAAGGACUCCGUCGUCGUUAGAAAUUCACAAAAUAAUUUAAGACUGGAAGCAGGGCACAGAGAGGCGUGUCCCAGAGACUUUUCUUUGGAUGUUUCUGUGAAGGCAGAUGUUUUGGAGUCAUGGAUCAAGCUGUUGUGGACAGUCCUGUCAUCCUCGUCAUCAAGGCUCCCAACCAGAAGUACGAUGACCAGACAAUCAACUGCUACCAGAACUGGACCGUAGAAAAGCUUAAAGCCCACUUGUCUGAUGUUUACCCCAGUAAACCUAGCUCCAAAGACCAGAGGCUGGUUUAUUCUGGGAAACUGCUUUUAGAUCACCUUACCUUAAAAGAUGUGCUUAGGAAGCAGGAUGAGUACCAUAUGCUCCAUCUAGUCUGUGCCUCCAGAACCCCUCCCAGCUCCCCACAGCCGCCCCGCAGCCGCAGUAACAAGCCACAGGAGACCACCGUCAGUCCCACGGCCUCUCAGAGCUCUAAUGGUGCUGGUCAGGCAGGUCAGACGACAGCUGGAGAGAGCAAUGAUUGGCUGAGACAGCAAGCUGGAGCCUUCCCCUACCAACACAUGUAUUCACAAUUUAUGCAAAGCUGGAAUCAGCAAAUGGCAACAGCUUCCACAAACCUGCCCUCCUAUUACACCCCCAUGACUUUGAUGUGGUGGCAGCAGCUGUAUGCAAGACAAUACUAUUUGCACUAUCAUUUACUGGCAGCUUCCUCACUACAAAACCGACCUGACCAGAUGUCCAAUCACUCCAGUCAGGCGGACCCAUUGAGCCAAAGACCGCAGGCGGGUCGGCACGGAAACCCCGAAGUCCAAAUGAAUGCCCAGGGAGGGGAGAUCCUAAAUGAGGAGGAGCUCAACAGGGAUUGGCUGGACUGGGUCUACACAUUCUCUCGUGCUGCCAUCUUGCUUAGCAUAGUCUACUUCUACUCAUCCUUCAGCCGUUUUGUCAUGGUGAUGAUGGCCAUGCUGGUCCUCUACCUCCAUCAGGCCGGCUGGUUUCCCUUCAACCUGGAAAACGAGCUGCAGCUCCCUGGAGACCGGCCCAAUCAGGAAGAAAUGGAGGGAGACCUACAAAACCAAGACUUACAAGAAGCGGAUGGAGUGAACGAUGAUGCUUCGGAUGACGAUGGAGAGAGCGGAGAGGAAGGAGCAGAGGAUCCAGACAGCGCCCCGAACGCGGGCUUCCUGUCCUCCACAUGGUCCUUUAUCAUAACGUUCUUUAUGUCACUCAUCCCAGAAGGGCCACAGAACGUUGCUAACUGAACAUCAAGCAGCACAUGGUGCUGCAUUUCAGAGGAAGAGAAGGAAACUGGUUCUCUCAUGGUGCAGUGUUGUACGUUCCCUAAUUGUUUGCUCUCUGAGCUGAAACACAAAGGACAGAUCCAGUAAAAAAAAAAAAAAAAAAAAAGAUUUAAUAUGAGUAUUCUUAAUGGAGGUUUGUCUUUUAUCUUAA